CACGCGCGGCGCAGGAUGACGCGGCCCCACGCCCGCCCCGCCCCCGGUGACGCACCACGCAGGCGGUGGCGGGUCACGUGCGGCGCGCGGACGUGCGGCCUGUGGCAUCCGGAGCGCCGUGCCGCCGCCAUGUUGCCGCUGCCUCCGUUGUUGUUGCUGCUGCUGGCGGGCCCCGCGCGGCCCAUCUCCUUCCAGCUGCCGGGCAAGGCGCGCAAGUGCCUGCGCGAGGAGAUCCACCGCGACACGCUGGUCACGGGAGAGUACGAGAUCGGCGCCCCGCCCGGCUCCUCCGCUGGCCCCGCCGCUAACCUCAAGAUAACUGACUCGGCUGGACAUAUCCUCUAUGCCAAGGAGGAUGCUACUAAGGGCAAGUUCGCCUUCACAACUGAGGACUAUGACAUGUUUGAGGCCUGUUUUGAGAGCAAGCUACCUGUGGGAACAGGGCGGAUGCCGGACCAGCUUGUGAUCCUGGACAUGAAGCAUGGAGUGGAAGCAAAGAACUACGAGGAGAUUGCUAAAGUGGAGAAGCUAAAGCCUCUGGAGGUGGAGCUGCGGCGCCUGGAGGACCUUUCUGAGUCAAUUGUCAAUGAUUUUGCUUACAUGAAGAAACGAGAGGAGGAGAUGAGGGACACCAAUGAGUCAACCAACACGAGGGUCUUGUACUUCAGCAUCUUCUCCAUGUGCUGUCUUAUUGGACUGGCCACCUGGCAGGUUUUUUACCUGCGUCGCUUCUUCAAAGCCAAGAAGUUGAUUGAGUAAGAAGGCAACUCCCGUUCCCCUCUCCUGAGCCCUGCUGGACACCAUCGGAACCCAACAAUGGCUCUUCAGAGCCAUCUUAUAGAUGAUACCACUGACUGGAGCUUUCCUGCAGGAACUGGCCCCCUAAAGUGGGAGGAGGGGAGCAUAAGCACUGGAGACAGCUGGGGGAGUCUUCAGUCCUGUUGGAAUAUGGGUUUGGGGGAGGGUGUGAUGGGUGCAGGGACUCAGGGGGCAGCGAUUAAAUAAAAAUGAUGUUUCCCUGACAGCUGCAGUUGGCUUUUGCUGCUGUCUGUUCUCCUUUAUAAUUUAGGUUUGAUUCUGUCUCCUAUCAUGCCUGUGACCAUUGCAUUACUCUAAGUGACUUGAAUCUGCUGAGCUUGUUCUCUGCCACACUAAAACUGGGGUGGGGAAGGGGUGGGACCCCAAGCUCUGACCUGGUGGAACCAUAUCCUUGUGCCAGCAGGGCUUGUUGCAAAGUGACAUGGGUUACUGUUUUAGCAGGGACUCUGAGGCAUAGUCUUUGUCAGACCUUGGUGUUUCUCCCUGUGGGAGCUGGAAUCCUUGGCUGAUGACUGGAGGGAAUUGGGCACAUGGGUGUGGAGGAAGGGGAACUAAAUAAUUUAACAAUAAAUUGUGGAGCUUGGAGAUGAGAAGCCUGCCUUGCCUCAGACAAGUUGUUUGCAUUUGGCCCAGUCUGACUGGCUAUUUUGCCUUGGAUUUGCUUUUUCCAUUCUGGAAUGAUGAAGCAGUUUCCUAAAAGCAGCUUUGUUUCUGAGGAGCUUUGUGUGAAAAUGGGAAGCCUCACACAGGUAUAUUUGUAGUGCGAAUGGGAACGUGGUAGGUUGGGAAUUUCAGUCUUUGGUAAAGAACAGUGAACCCCUCUUCUCAUCUGACAUGGCUAGACGAUGCAGUGUGAGGCUGGCUGGACUUCUAUUUUACCAGACUUUAAAACAGGCAGCAGUAGCUUGGUUUAGCUGUAGCAAAGUGGAAUGUGAAGCCUUGCAUGUGGUGUACCCUGUGUGCAUGGGGAGACCCUACAUACCAUCUAGCAAAGGAGUGGAUAGGGGAAUGUAGAUGACCUGGAGUACAAUGUACUGGGAAUUGUCAUAUGCCCUUCUGUAAGUCUCCAAGCAGGUGAGAACUUGUGGUGAGGGUAAAAUUGUCUUGGAAACCUUCCUAAGCUGAUGAAAACAGCUAUGCUGUAGAGAGGAGGAAGUCCUUUGUGAUUCUUCUCUUGCCAGCGUGGUGCUGUGCUGAAACAAUGCAGUCUGGGAGGACCAGGUAGGCUCAUUUCCUGAACGUAUUCCACAGCAAUUUCUAGACAGAAUUAUUACAGUUCUUCCACCUUGUCUGCAUUUCCAUGGAAUAAAAGGUUCAGUAGCCUGGAAAACCCCCAGCCCUAUAACUUGGCUCUCGUGGCUGGUAGUGUUAUGUGUCUCUAACCCUGGGCCUCCUUACUAUUCAGAAAAAGCAGCUUUUGUGGGGUUUUUUUAAUGUUGUGAACUUAGACUAGAAAUAAGUUAAUAUUUGUGCUGGGGUGGGGUGGUCCAGAGUCAAAGAUUGUCAUAACGCAGGACUGUCCGCUGUUGCCUCAUCACUUCAGGCGCUUUGAAUUUUUGUACUGUUUGAAAUUGUGUGUCUUUUUAGGCUUCUUGGUUUCUCCUCACCAACCUCCCCAUUCCUGCUGCCAGGAUUGUGGCAUUGCUAGUUCCACCUGCAAGUGCUCAGACUGUUUCUAAAAUCCUGCUUAUUUUUAUAAGCUAUAUUAAGAACCUUUAAAGCAGGGGUGUCCAACCUUUUUGAAUGUGGGGCCGGAUCACGAACUUUUUAUCGCCCAGUGGUCUGGCGAGCCAUAUUCAAAGAUGGCACAGGAAGUGGUAUCAUAUCAGGAAGUGAUGUCACGUGACCUUUGACACCAGUGAAGUUGCAGGGGUUGACAUCGUGCUGGUUGACAUGGCAUGCAUGCCUGGGUUGACAUAGUGCUGCAGGAGCUGCCUGGCUACAACCGGGUUGACCUGGUGCUGGAGAAGCUGUGGGGCCAGGCUGGGGUUAACCUGGGGCCUGCCUGGCCUGCCAGUGCCAUGCCCAGGUUGACAUGGUGCUGCAGGACCCGCCUGGGCAGAACCAGGGCGGCAUCGGCCAGGAAAAGCAGCAUGCAGCUGAAGCCAGCUUCCCAUGUGCUGCUUGGGACGGGAGGAGACCGGCCAGGUCUGCACCGGCCAGUAGAAGCGGCAGUGGAGCCGUGUGCCGCUGGGGACUGACCGGUGCAGGCUCGUCCCGUCCCGUCCUGUGCCGAGUGGCACAUGGCCCCACCACCACUUCUGCUGGCUGGUGCAGACCUGGCCGGGCUCCUCCUGCCCCAGCAGCACAUGAGAAGCGGCCCCCUUGGGGCCUUGCGCGUGGGCAGCCAGGCCUGGAGAACUGCAGCGCCCGGGGGGAGACUGCCCGGGGGGAGCCAGCGGCCACUGCUUGGUGUCCUGCGCGGGACCGCUUCCCCGGUCCCCGUGGGGGUAAGCAGCUCCCCUCCCCCUGCUGCUGGCUGGGGCCUGCGGGUCAGCCCUGCCCGUCUCGCCGCAGCCCAGCUGCUGCUGUGGCUCUGCGCUCUGCUGCUACUGUGGUGGCGGCACGCUCAGCAGCAGCAGCUCUGCGCCCUGCGCCGCUGCCACCACCGCUCUGCUCCGCAGUGGUGGCUCCGCACUCUGUGCCUCCACAGUGGCUCUGCAUUCCACAGCGGCGGCUCAACACUCCGCGCCACUGCCGCCAUGGGCCAGAUAAAAUGGCUUGGCGGGCCGCAUGUUGGACAAACCUGCUCUAAAUCCUGUCUGCUUUAUCCCUCUAAAUGCUUGGAAGCUGUUAGAACACGGAGUAGCAGGGAUGCCAUAGUAGGUUGAGAUUGAGCUUCAAAGGCAUUUAGACUGUCUGAAGACUGUAGCGGAGCUGCUGUAUUUAUACAAAAGAAAAGAGAAUAUUUGGAGGUGGCCUCUCUUGAUUCCCUGUUCACUAAGGUGCGGUGUUUUCUGAUUUAUCUGAUGUAAAUGAGGUGGGGAGACUUGCUUUACACCUGGCUGUCUCUUGCUCCUUUAAUUCCCUUGGGGUUGCCCAGCUUCCUUUUCUGCUCAUUGUGGUGGUUGAAUGGUUUUCAGGACACAGGUGUGAGAAUCUUGUACAUAUCUGCCUGUAAUUUCUGGUUUGGGGAUUUUUGUCAAUUUUCUCAAUAAAAUUUGUUUAAUUUUGUUGGGAGAAA